UUUUCCUGAGCAACCACUAGGCGGCGCCAUGAUGAUUCUAAUGUCACGUAUUCUGUUUCAACUUGUGCAGUUGUUGGCUGUCAAAACAACUCGAAGUAGGCAAUUAUAUCAACGUUACUGACUUAGGACCGUCCCUUCAUGACAUCUACACACUCCGCCCUACACAAUGAAACAAACCAUGAUUGUGCCGAAGUGCUGAGACAUCAGAGGUAGUAAGGAUGAGUUUUUCACACCAUCGGAGGAACCCACACAGGACCUGCCGGACCAUCACGGAAGUUCUGACAGAACAUGACACACCUGUUUCAGGUGAUGUUUACAUCUUACAUAGUGAGAGAACCUCAGAGACUCAAAAUCUAUAUCCUGCCAAGUCAUGUGGAUGGAGAAGAACUAAGAAAAAAAAGGAGAAACCUCAAGCAGUCAACAAAAGUGCCCCUACUGACUCCCCUGUGUGUUUACAACCAUCUAAAAAUCAAGUAACUGGUAUAAAUGGACAAGUUUCUUCAAAGUCACAUGAACCUGAACCAAAGGUGCCUCAAAAAGAAACUAUCCCCAAAGCAAUGACUUCAAAAAGAUCUCAUAAGGGCAGAAAGAAGGUAGACACUCAGCCCAAUGAGAAAGGAGUGGAUGCCUCCGGCAACGUAACUGGUAACAAUGUUUGUUCUGAAAGAGUGGACAAAGCUGCACACAUUGCAAGCUCAGAACCACACAAUACAAAAAAGGCCAUCAAAGGGACAUGUUUUCGGCACUGUAAAACAUUUUUUACUCCCUCUGAGGUUUCUACGGGGCUUCCCACAUGUACUACUAUAUCUCAUUUGCCUCAAAAGGAGAUAUCUUCCUGUCACACUAAAUACAAUUGUAGUUCUAGACCAUGUACUCCAAAACGGGGCAAGCUUCAGCCAAGCCCUUUUCUCAGCUCUACACCUAUAUCAGACCUCCAACCCCUGUCUCCAAACACAGCUGAGGAUAAUUGUUCACCACAAAGACCCCCUAGACCUCAGAAAGUGCCACUGACAAAUCCAGCAAGGCCUUGUCAGAAAUCUCCUCCAGAUGCAACACCAUCAAGAACGGACAAACCUCAGAGGCUUGCUGCAGCAGGGAGGCCAGGGGGUCACAGAAAAAGGAAUGUGCAGAAAAAGUCAAGCACCUCUCCCAAAGCGAAACGCUGCAAGUAUAUUGCAGCAUCUCCAGUAAUAUCUCCUCAAGAAGAGCCCUCCGUUGAGAUGCCGCCUUCUGUCAGGCCUUUCUUGAAAACCCAGGAGACAAAGCCUCAGGAAUCAGCAGAUCAAAACAUGUCCUCUGACCUCUCGAUUGAGCUGAGCCUUCAAGAGGAGCCCUACCCUCUCAACAAAUCCCUCUUGCAGGAAGAGGAUCAGGACGAUGAUGAAGAGGAGCUACCCAGCUUCUUGCAGAAGGACAAUAAAAAGCGUUUGUCAAUCUCAGAGGGACUUUGCGUGUGGUGCAAACUGAGAAAAUACCCCUACUGGCCAGCAGUGGUUAAAAGUGUAAAUCACAAGAGCAAAAAAGCUAGCAUUGUGUUUAUUGAUGGUUUCCUGCUUGAUAAAAAGAGAAUCAGAAAAGGGUUUUCCGUAUCCCUGCGAACCCUAAAGCCCUUGGAUUGUGAAGAGUCAGAUAAACUUAUGGAUAUAGCGAAAGAGAAGUACGGCAGUGCUAUUACCUGGUCUCUGGAACUGAUAUCAGACUAUAGAAUCCGCAUUGGUUGUGGCUCCUUCGCUGGUUCCUUCAUCGAAUAUUGUGCUGCGGACAUCAGCUGCCCAGUAAGGAAAAAGUAUUCUGAAGGGAAAUUUGUGCUGACCUUCCCCAGUCAGGAGGUUCUGAGUAAGCAGUGCAACAACGUGGAUGAAAACGUUGAGGAUAUUGUUGUGGAAGAGCAAGAUGAGCUCCUUUCGAAGAAGGUGCUGCCAGACCGAUCAAAAGCUGCACGCAACCGUGCCAACGAGCAGUUGGUGGACUUCAUUGUCAACAAGCGAAGAGUCGAAAAUCGCUUAUUGGCAAUCAUCAGCGGUCAGGAGUCAUCAAAAUGGCUUCAAGCCCUUCUGAAGCCCACACGCCCAGUGGUUGAUGUCUAUUUGGAAGAUGAGGAACAGGUUGAUAAGGUGUACCGUUACCUGAACAAAGUCUGUGACAACGCCCUUCAAAUAAACACCUGCCUGGAAAACAUCCAGGCAGACAGGAUUCGCCUUAUUCUUGAUGUGCUCCUGCCAGAGGCUAUUAUCUAUGCCAUUGCUGGAGUCCACAAGCUUUCCUUGGAGAAGGCAGAGGAAAAGUAUCGUAGAGGGCCAUGCUUUAGUAACAGAGAAAGACAAGAGUUUGACAUGAUGAUUGAGCAACAGAUGAAACUUAAGAAAAUCACAUAGCAUCAACAACAGUGACAGUUCACAAAACUGCUAUUUUAAAGACACAUGGACUUAUUAACCAUUUCUUUGUUGUAUUUGAUGGCACUUAAUCAUGGUGUGUUGGAAAAUGGUUUAAUGUGAUUUAAUUUUUUUUAUUGUCAUGCCUCUGAGAGAAAUGACUUUUCGGGCUGAGUGGCAUAUCAUAACAUAAUAUACUAAAGCUGAGAAAAUAUGUUGCUGUCAAUGUGCAUACGGUAUAUGUAACUGAGUAACAUGCAUUGGAAUAAUACAUUAAAACAUUUGAGUAACAUUUAUUUUAUUCCUCUGAUCACUUACAGUAAAUGGGAUGAAUGUGGUUUGUUACAUUAUUUUAAAAUUGCUUAAGCAAUUGUGUUUAGGUUGGCAUGGGUGUUUGUAACUAUUUGUAAUGUUAAACAAAACACUUAUGUCUCCUUAAAGAUAUAGUUCACCCAAAAGGGAAAAAUUCUCAUCAUUUACUCACUGCCAUCUUAGUUUCCUUCUGCAGAACACAAACAAAGAUUUUUGGAAGAAUAUCUCAGUCAGCUCUGUCAUUCUAUGCAAGUGAGUGGUGACCAAAAAUGUCCAUCCAUCCAUCCAUCCAUCCAUCUUCAACCGCUUAUCCGAAGUCGGGUCGCGGGGGCAGCUGCUCCAGCAGGGGGCCCCAAACUUCCCUAUCCCGAGCCACAUUAACCAGCUCU